AUGGCCAUCUCCGGUCUCCUUCUACUGUUGUAUUGCCUCGCCACCGCGGCCGCCGCCGCCGGGACGGAUCGCCAUGUCGUUGGCAAUGAACCGCUCUUGAGUACCCAGCGCGAAGGAGAUCUAUCUCUGCGACUAAAAGAUUUCAAGAAAUCUAUGGAAAGAUCCAUCCGGAUAGAUCCCGAGAAUGCGCCCUACUUUCUCAGCGAUGCGAACAAUACAUGGCACGGACCGUGCUUCAGCCAGUUGUGGACAUGGACUUCCCCGACCUACCUGUUCCGCAAUCACCUCGACCCUUACGCCGUCAUGACCAGGAGCGCCUGGUUCACGGUCAACGUCGAGUCAAGGGACACAGCGGGAAUACGAGAAGUCAUGAUGACCAUGUCCAAGUCCCACUCUGUCACCAAGUCAACUACCGACGGAUGGAGCGCCUCUGCCGCGCUCACCUUCAACCCGCUUGGACGUAUGGGCGGCAUCAUCGGCUACAGCCAGGAUUCUUCAACGACGGAAUCGCAUACAUACACGACCGAGCACCAGCGCACCUACAAAUGCCCCCCGUUCCACCAUUGCCAGAUACAGACCUUGACCUGGCACAUGACAGUCAGGGGCUUUUGCUACCGGGAGCCCAUUAUCGAUUACGACGGGCCCAUCUCUAUAUGCGAGAGACCGUUUCCUAGCUGCAUCUGGUUUCGUGUAUUUGCCAUGCAAAAUUGCCGCAUACGGAUGGACCGGUCGCCCUGCUCCUUCGACACGCCGAUCAUGGCACCCGACGGGAAUCCUUUGUCUGAGGUACGCCUGGUGGAGACACCGCUCCCGGUCAGGUUCAAGGGCUGGUCGCCCGACUGCGACAUCGCCAUCUUGGAGGACGGCAGUUUCUGGAAACCAGAGGGAUUGUACUUUCAUCCCGAUGCCGAAGCUUGGUACCAAAGCUCGAUAGUACCGGCAAACGUACCCAAAUGUGUGCCAAAACAGUCGGCCUCAGAUGAUGAGCCGCGAAACAACACAACAAGUGAUAAGGAAUGA